AUGACCACAAUUGAUCCCAAAGUUGAAACUGGGAAGUUGUUAACAAAAGAUGAUGUAGGUCCUUUGAAGAAAUCUAAAAUAACAAAGAAAGUUGUGAUUGUCAAUCCUGAGCCAAAUGUUCAAGAAACGAAGCAAUCGAAGUCUCCCAAGAAAACAACGAAGCUAGAUGAGUUAGUUUCGAAAGCUGUGAUAAAUCCUAUUGAACUUGUUGUUACAGAACCAACGUCAGUUACAAUUCCUUUAAAGACUGGAGUUUUUCGAAGAUUAAAGCUGAAGUAUGUUGGUUCACCCACUUUGAGUCUAGUUUGCAAACCUCAUGUUACUCAUCAAGGGGUAUUUAUGCGCAAAUUCCCAACUUCAGUUUCUCCUCAUUCAAAGAAACGAAGGGCUGAGGAUAUAGCCAAGAAAAUUUCGAAGAAAAAGAAGAAGACAAAGAAAAAGCAGUUAGUAAUUCCAACACAAUCAUCUAAAGAAGAAGAAGAGGUUCCUGAAACUCCCGAACCUAUUAAUGAGCCUACAUCUCCUGAGAAAACUGUUAUCAUAACACCCGAAGUUUCGUAUGCCAAAUCAUCUCAUGAGGAGGUACGAACUUCAUAUGUCACUACAAACGUCUAUGAUACGGGUGUAAAUGUCAUCAUGGGUGAAGGAGAUCUAUCAAAGGAAACCACUCAACCUCAACAAGGUACUUGA